AUGGAGAUCAAGAGCAUUCUCCAGAAAACUGUCAACACCUCACGAAAGGACUGGUCACUUAAGCUGGACGAUGCCCUAUGGGCCUACAUAACGGCCUACAAAACGCCGCUAGGGACCACCCCCUAUCACCUGGUCUACGGUAAGGCGUGUCACCUUCCUGUCGAACUCGAAUACAAGGCUGCAUGGGCAGUAAAGUUAUUGAAUUUCGACAUCAAGCCAGCAACUGAGAGGCGCAUGAUCCAAAUCCAUGAGCUGGAAGAGAUAAGGCACCUCGCCUAUGAAAGCUCCAAAAUUUAUAAGGAAAAGACCAAGGCCUACCAUGACAAGUGA